CACACACACACACACACACAGGACGGUAUGACUGUGUGCGGGUCUGGUGGAAGCAGGCGCAUGUCCGCUAUUUACGAACACUCACUGUCCUGACGGAUCGAAAGAGCUCGGCGCUUUGGGUUUUGGCAUGUUUGGGUCAGCGAGCGGAGCUGAAACAUGGCGCCGUCCGGAUCGCGCAGCGCCAAGCGGAAGUGUCAGCGAGUAGUACACUGGAUCCCCGUGCUGUUCGUGUGCGCGCUCGUGGCGUGGUCCUACUACGCGUACGUGGUACAGCUCUGCGUAGAAACAAUUGAAAACAUGGGAGAGAAAGUAUUUUACCUCAUGGCGUAUCAUGUCUCCUUUAUCAUGUUUGUAUGGUCAUAUUGGCAAACCAUCUUCACCAAACCAAUGAACCCGCUUAAAGAGUUCCACCUGUCACACACUGACAAAGAACUGCUGAAGCAGGAGGAUCGUGCUGAAUCUCAACAAGAAAUUCUGCAAAGAAUAGCCAAGGAUUUACCCAUAUCCACUCGCACAACGUCUGGAGCUAUUCGCUACUGUGAUCGAUGUCAUCUGGUGAAACCUGACCGAUGUCAUCACUGCUCAGUCUGUGAUAAGUGCAUCUUGAAGAUGGAUCACCACUGUCCAUGGGUGAACAACUGCGUGGGCUUUUCAAAUUACAAGUUUUUUACACUCUUUCUUGCAUACUCUUUGCUCUACUGCCUGUUUAUCACCGCGACAGACCUGCAGUACUUCAUUCAGUUUUGGACUAACGGCCUGCCAGAUACUCAAGCCAAGUUCCACAUUAUGUUCCUGUUCUUUGCUGCAUCCAUGUUUUCAGUCAGUCUGGCUUCCUUGUUUGCUUAUCACUGCUGGCUAAUUUGCAAAAAUAGAUCCACCUUGGAGGUCUUCCGUGCACCUGCCUUCCUUCAUGGAGCCGACAAAAAUGGCUUCAGUCUCGGAGUAAGCAAAAAUUUCCGCCAAGUUUUCGGGGAUGAAAAAAAAAAUUGGCUUCUGCCAGUGUUUUCCAGCCAAGGUGAUGGAUGCUCCUUCCCCACGUGUCUUGUGAACCUUGACCCAGAACAGCCUGCCUCACCAUCUGGACAUGCUGUCAAAAGUGAUGGAGAACCCCAUCAAUUUCCCUGUAAACCUUUGAGAGAAUCUCAAAGCCGACUGCUGAGCAAUGGACAGACCUGGACUGAGAGUGAUGAGACAGAGGAACAAGACAGAGAAGGAGCAAGCAACCCGGCCAUGAGUAUAGAGAAAGAGACAUAGUUUGGUCUCAGUGCUGACUGUUUUCAGGAAACAAGCAGAUCCCUGUGUGGUCGUGUGUGUUUUCUGUGGAACAACGAAGACACUACCUUCUGCAGUAGGAAACAUCCACCAUCCAGUGGGUUUCCAUGUUAUUGCUUGAGCAAGGUGCUUCUUACUAAAAGCUGACUGUUCAAUGUUAACCGGAGUGUCUAUAGUCAUUAGGACCUCUACAGUCGUUUGUAGAAGGAUUGAGACUUUGUGUGUCAUACUGUGCCUAAAUCAACACAAAAAAGGUGCCCUCUGAGAUACAUCAAAUAAUCAAGUGAUUAUUAACAGCUAAUGCCUUGUUUAUACCUUGUGAACGUGUUUGAGGCUAACUUGAAUAUGACGUUGGGGUGAAACUGUGGUUUUGUGCAUGCUGUGUGGUGCAUAUGUACGUUAUCGAAAGUUACAAAGAAAACCGAGGAAUCGCUGACAAAAUGUAGCAAAGUCUGAACAAAUGGCACUUUUUAUGCUUCGGAUGUUUGCAUGUUUAGGCAGAUGUUUGUAUUUUUAAUGAUGUACACGUUAUGAUGAUAAGCUGUUUCAUUUGCCCUGUGUAUCUUUCAACCUUCUUAAACUCUUCAACAGAGAAUAUGUAUUACGGCGUUGAGAUAUUUUGUGCACGUAUUAUAACAUGAACACACGCCCUUUAUUUUUUGCAGGACCAUACAAACUGGUUUUAAAUUUAAGCCACUAAAGGAAUUGAAGUACACGUGAAACCAGUGAAAUGAAUUUCCACUCAUUAGCACAGAGAAAGAGCAUUUUUUCGCAGUUUAAUUAACAGUGCAAUGCAUUAAGAAUAAUGUCUGAAAAUGUACUGUUUUGAUUUUGCAGUUACUGUAAAUGAUUAAAAGUAUGCGGUUGUUUCUUUUAGACAAAACAACCAAAAAUGAGGUCUGGUCUGUUAGAAUGAGAAUUUAUAUGAUUGUAUGUACAAAACCAUAUACGAUGAAUGUGUGCACCAUUUUGAAAUCUGUUUCUAAGGUUUUUUGGCACCACCUUAUAACAGCGUGUCUAUUGUAAAAAUGUGUUUAUUUUAUGCAUGAAAAACAUGCAAUGUGCCAUAUUUCUGGAAAGCAAAAUAAGUGUUUGGUGUCUCAAUAUCUACAGUGCCCUCCAGAAUUAUUGGCACCUUUCUUUACCACAAUAAAACAGUUUUUAUCUUUGAUCUGA